AUGUCAAAAACGACGAAAAGAGUGGCGGCCCGUUCGCGGGCUGCAGUGCAAGUGGGAUCCUCCAGUUGGCAGCAGCUCCGCCCAGUAGCCGGUGCAGGCGGUCAGGCUCAGGCACAAGUACUUGACGCGUGCACAAGCAGCAGCAGCAGCACCAGCAAAGCAGCACACGGCCCAGCACCAGCCCGUCGACGGUUUAGCCACGCGCAGUCUGCUGGCCGCCCCGAUGCUCUCCAGGAACCCUCGUCCGGCCAGGCUCUCGACGUAUUGGCGGGCAAAGGCACAACGCGACAACGCGAGUCGGCGGGCGAAAUGAUUGUAAUUACAGCCGACGCAGCCAGUGACGACGGACGGGAGGGCGCUGCAGGGGGAGGGACGCGCCGGGGGUUUCAAGCGGAUGGAUCCAAGCCAGAGUGGGAGAGAGGCUGCCAGUGGUGCCAGUGGUGCCAGUCCAAUUCGAGUCGGACCGGCCGGUGUACAAGUGGAGUCGAGUCGAGUCGGGCGAGGAUUAGCUGA